UGCGCGACCUGUUGAUCUCCGCUGGCGCCUGCGACUCUCCGCUCCGGUUCCUCGUCGUUCGCGUUUUAAAAGUCGGUAUUUUCCACUCGCGUUUCUGCCGUUUAGCUGCUUCCGGUUGGGACGCGAGCUGUUGAGCUGAGUUUUGUUGGACGUUUUAUUUGAGAUUUUACUCCGCCGAGUUCGUGGACUUCGAUCCGCUUCGAAACGAGGAAGUCCAGCGCGCCAGUCGUCGGGGUCCCUCCGUGAAACGUCGCGUUUGUGUUCUUCUGAAGGUGCGAUCGCGUUUCCCAUGUUGAUCCUAUAAGCGCGUUCGGGACGGUCGCCUGCCCAUCGGACCGGGAUAAAGCUGCCCCCCAACCCCCCCAUCGGGACAAGAUGAAUAUUUCUCUGGAGUCCACGCAUCCAUCGGCUGACAAUGACACCAUGGUCCACCUGGCUGCACCCAUCCUCCCGGUGAAGGCCGACCCCUCCAACAUGACCAUCAUCGAGACCAGCAACGGGACCAUCGUAGAGGACCAGAUGUUUUUAAACACACUGGCUGCUCAGGCCCUCUCGGGAAUAUUUGUCUGGGCCGCCUUGCUCCUAACAUGCCACCAGAUCUACACACACCUUCGCUCCUACACCGUCCCCAACGAGCAGCGCUACAUCAUCCGCAUCCUCUUCAUCGUGCCGGUGUACGCCUUCGACUCCUGGCUCAGCCUGCUCUUCAUCAGCAACGACCAGUACUACGUCUACUUUGACUCUGUUCGGGACUGCUACGAAGCGUUUGUCAUCUACAACUUCCUCAGCUUGUCCUUCGAGUACCUGGGAGGAGAGAGUGGAAUCAUGUCCGAGAUCCGAGGGAAGAGCAUCCAGUCGAGUUGUCUGUACGGCACCUGCUGCCUCGGCGGAAUGAGCUACUCCAUCGGCUUCUUGAGAUUCUGCAAACAGGCGACUCUCCAGUUCUGCGUUGUCAAACCCAUCAUGGCCGUCAUCACCAUCAUCCUGCAGGCCUUUGGCAAAUAUCACGACGGAGAUUUCAACAUAAAUGGAGGCUACCUGUACAUCACCAUCAUCUACAACUUCUCCGUCAGCCUGUCCCUCUACGCGCUCUUCCUCUUCUUCUUCGCAACGAGCGACCUGCUCAGGCCCUACGAGCCGGUGCUCAAAUUCCUCACCAUCAAGUCUGUCAUCUUCUUGUCCUUCUGGCAAGGAAUGGUCCUCGCCAUCCUGGAACGCUGCCGCGUCAUCCCCAAGGCGCUCUACAUCGACGGGCAAGUGGUGGGCGCCGGCACCGUGGCGGCGGGCUGGCAGAACUUCAUCACGUGCAUCGAAAUGUUCUUCGCCGCCAUCGCCCUCCGCUACGCCUUCACCUGCACCGUCUACCAGGAGAAGAAGGACGACGACGUGCAAGAAAACCACCCUCCGAUGCACAGCAUCUCCAGCGGCCUGAAGGAGACCAUCAACCCGGGGGACAUGGUGCAGGACGCGAUCCACAACUUCUCCCCGGCCUACCAGCAGUACACCCAGCAGUCCACGCAGGAGGUGGUGCAGCCGGGCGCCAACGGGAAGGCGGCCGCCGGCAACAAGAGCUCCCGCAAGUCCGACAAGAUCAUGCUCAUCACCUCCGACGAUGAGCUGUAGCCGCCCCCCCCCCUCCCCUCCUCCCCCUCCAGGGGGGGAAACGGCUGUAUCGCACAUUGCAAACAGCUGGAUUGACUCCAGGUGUCUCUACCCCAGUAUUUUAAGGCGGAUUGCUCGCUUCCCUCCUGUUUCUCGGUAGAUCAUUUAGGCAGAGAGGGGUGGAUGGAAUGAAUUAUUAGCAUUUUUUUUUUUUUUUUUUUAUAAACUGGUACCUCAACGACCAAAGAACUCGGCGGUAGUGAAUACUCACUGUAUCAGACACAUCUGCGCAUUUCCCUUGAGUUUAGCUGCUUCACUCAGUGUGUCUGUGCUCGUUCUCCUGAGGUUUGUGCUCCCUCUCUCGCAUCUUCUCAUCUGGAAGCAUUCCUCUGCACGAGUGGAAAGAGCUGACCCUUUUACACUCCUCUUGUAUUUACCGCAGCGUGGACAAAUAAACCCGUCUCCUCCAAAGUGGUGAGUUCCAGGCCCCUCGCUUAAAUUUUCCCGGCAGUUUAAUUCAGCGCAAGUAGACUAACGGCUCAAAAGACGGUUCAUCUUUUGUUGCCUCUGAACGACCGUAAAAGGGUUCGUUCGGGGCACAUUCUUUUCGUUUGACGUGUUCACAUCGCUAUUUAUGUUAUGAUUCCUUGUUCCAGAGAUUACGAAAUAUACGCAGAAUUUGAUAGGUGUACUUCUGGUAAUUCAUAUAUUCUGUUUAUGCAAAAAGGGAACUGUUUGGAUGAUGAAUUUUAGAUAUUUUUUGUAAUUAGUGUGUGUGUGUAGUUUUGAUUUCAGACCAAACACGUCUGUGUGAGUCGAGUUUUUCUCGCUCUGUGUUCUUUUAGAACUUCUCUAUAUUUAUGUGACAUCAUUUUCCUAGUAAACUACUGGAGACCCCUUUUGUAUCAAGUCAAAGGUUGUUUGAAAUUUCAUAUCUUCCUGUGCCAAUUACAGCCGUCUUUCUGGGAAAGAAGAAAUCAAUUGAAUUGGGUGCAAAGAUAUAAUUGACUUGUGUAUCUUGGUCCUAUUUCUGUACUGUAACUUGAAAUAAGUAAAUCUGCACAAUGAGGAUUACAGCUUUAUUUGAAGCCGACUCAUUUAUAGGAAUAAUUUAACAUUCUGCAGAUCAGAGUAGAAACAAAUAGACUUUAUUUGUACAUGAGGGAAGUUCAUUGAGAAAACAUGUAAAUAAAUGAAUGUAAAACCAAGAAUAAUUUAGGUGUCUUUUUUUUAAUAA